GCGCCGGGGCUUGGUACUGGGGAGGAAACGUGAAUAAUCACCAGCCCGGGGCCCCGCAGCAAAGCCAGGGAGGGUGGGAUGUGCAAGGUGGGGAGUGGGGACGCCCCGCCCCACCCCGCCCCAUCUGCUUCCUCUUAUUUAUCAUCUUAGCUUGGCGCUGGCAGCCAGAGUCGCCUGGAAGCUGCCGGGAGCCGAGAGAAGCCGCCUGGUCGAGGCAGACGCAGCCAUGAUAGCCCCCCGCCCCCCAAGAGCCAGCCCCCUUCUCCUGCUGGCGGCCGCACUGCUCCUCCAAGGAGCCACGGCCCUGGAGUGCCACAGCUGUGUGGAGCGCAGCGACGGUGGCUGCAGCCCCGAGAAGAUGAAGACAAUCUCUUGUCCCGCCAACACCCAAGUGUGCGUGGAAACCGUGGCGGCCGUGAAAUGGAGCCACGGGCAGUUCCUGGUGGGCGAGAAGGGCUGUGGCCUGGGCAGACCGGGCACCAACGACAAGGGCGUGGACCUGCAUGGCAUCCUCGCCUUCUCCCAGGUGCACAAUUGCAACAGCAGCCGCUGCAACUCCCGGCUGGACAUCCAGGCCAUGGCGCUGCAGCCGAUGGGUAACGAGAGCGCCCGGGUGCCCAACGGGCUGGAGUGCUACAGCUGCCAAGGGAACGAGGCCUGCUCUCCCGGCAACGCCACGGUGGUGAAGUGCUACGACGGGUACCAGGGCUGCUUCCACGGCAACGUCACCAUGAAAGUUGGCAAUUUCUCGCUGAGCCACCCCAUCAAGGGCUGCGUGCAGGACAAGGACUGCACCAAGGAGGCAAAGGGCAGCGCAGCCGUCAACCUGGUGGGCUCCUGCUGCUCCGGCCACCUCUGCAACAGGGACCUGGCCAACAAGACCUUCUUCGCCCCCAACAUCCCCCGGCUGGAGGUCAUGCCCGGCCACGGGGCCAACGCCACAGGUGCCAACGCCACAGCCAAUGCCACGGCCGCCGCCACGGUCACUGCUGCCGCCACGCCCCUGCCGCCGGACCACGGGGAACACGAGGACCUCAUCCGGGACAACCGCCACGUCACCGUGGAGAGCGAGCGGCGGAACAACCCGGGCGUCAAACUGCCAGGCGGCGGGAAGGGGGGCGCGGCGGGGCUGAGCGCCUCAGCCUGGCUGGUCUUGCUCGGGUCUGCCUUGCUCCUGUGAAGGGGGCACCGGGGAGGGGAAACGGCACGAGAUGCCCCCCCCACCCAUUGCUCCCCCCAUCAUCCCCACCCCCGCUCCGCUGGCCAGCCUCCCCCUGACUUCUUCAACUCCAGCCAGGCUUCGGCCUAUGCACGGCGGCCAUCUUCUUAGUUGAGCAGCAGCUCUUGACGUCAAGCCAGGUCGUCCCUGUUGGCGCUGCCAGGCAGGGCUAAGUCUGCAGGUUGCACCUUCGUGUGUCAGAGCCCCAUUCUCACGACACCUUGCCUUCCCUUCGGCCUCCCCACAGCAGCCAUCUUGGUCUGGAAGCAGCGUGGCUUGAUGUCCCUCUAGGGCAUCUUUUGUAGUUUCCCCGUCAUGCAAAGUCUCCAUGGGUUUUUUUGACCAUCAGGGAGCCGUUCUCGUGGCACCACCACAAAUCCAGGCUUCCCUUUGGCUUGCACAAGGCAGCCAUCUUGGUUGCAAGUGGCCUAGUUUUGCCUAAUUGCAGUGGCCAACUUGUUUUUUAAGGUGGGGGGGGAACAACACGGAGUGGGAAGAGCGACACUACCCCUGCCCUCCAGAACCAAUUCCCACAUGUUGCCUUCCCAAAUCACAGGCCACAUUCUUAUAGCAGUGCAGCAAAUUCAGGCUUCUCUUCAGCCUGUACACGGUGGCCAUCUUGUUUCUACAUGGCCUAGUUUGACCCCCGUCUGGGAAGGGCUGUGAUGGCCACCUUUUUCUGUUAGCUUGGGUGGAUCCCAUCCCUUCUUCACCUCGCCGAGACGUGUGUUUUGCCACGCCAAUGCACCUUCGAGCUUUUGUGUUAUCUGCCAACACUGGGCAGCCAUCUUGUUUCUUUAUGCAACACCAGUUGACAUCUGUCUAAGGAAGGUGGCCACUGCUUGGUCUUCAUUCCCCGGGGCAAAGUCCCAAGGCUGCUCCAAAUCACAUACAGGACUACAUGCAGCAGCCACCUUGCCAUAAUUCUGGGUCAGCCAUUUCGUCUCCAGCCAACAGGGUGGUGGGUCCUGUUGCCAUGGCUCCGAAGGCAACUCAGGCUUCUAACAGCCUGCUAGGCCUCAGAAUUGGGACCCACAGACACUGGGAAGGGAUGCCUAGUCUAUGCCCCCUCCCCCCCACAAAGCUGGUUGUGGAAGAUGGCGCAACAAGAUGGCCACUGGCGCAUGAGUCGUAGACACGGUGGCCUGGGCACAACAAUGGGAAGGAAAGGGCACUCAUGGCUUGGUGAGCUUGGGCACUCUCUCCCCCACCACCACCUUGCUGGCUGGGUAUUUAGCCCCAAUAAUGGGGUCCCAGUGCAGCUUCCCAUCCUUCCACCAGCCCCGGUGGCACAGCUCAGAGAAGGAUGGGAAAGUGCUAAGAGAGCGGAGGGGUCAAUGAGUUCCUCAUGGCCCCACUGGGGCAAUAGAGACUAUCCCAGAUCAGCCCCACAGGCUCAUCCAGCCCGAUAUCCUGCCUUCUUCCUGCUCCCCCACCCAGAUCAGACCCAUGGGCCCAUCCACCCAGGUGUCCCUGCUACCUAAAACCUCUGGCCCCAUUACGCCCCCUCACUGUGCAAUAUUCCCCUUCCUGACCUCUCAGCUCAGCACAUGCCCUGGAGCCUGCGGGUGAGGCGUCCCGGAAUCGUUCUCCCAGCUGGCACGGCUGCAGCUGCCCUUCCCAAUGUAAAUAGUUUCAGAGACUCAACUCUCGCCAUGGGAAGGGGGCCAGGAAUUCCUGGGGAAGGGUUUAAAUGCUCAUUAAUAAAAGUAUUGUAGCUGUGUUUA